UCUCCUCCUAUUACUCUGUCAGUUCUCUGUACACCCAAAGAUGAGUGAUUUGGUGUAUGGGGGAAUGAAAAUGGAGGACAAUUCUGUGGUUGUUGCUGUUCAAGAAAUGCAUCAUUCAUCUCAAACUGAAGUUAAUCAGAAAGAAGAGAGAGAUGAAGCUACUGUAAUCCAGCAGCAGUCAAGAAAGCCCAGUCUACCCUCGCUACAGAUACCUGCAAGGUUGUCUACUGAAACUGCAUUGGAUGUUGCAGGUCCUAACACUACCCGAGAUGAGUUACCUCCAAGACCAAGCUCAGACAAGCUAAUGUCAUCAGUGAAGAGCCCUCGGGAGAUUUGUGGGGCAACAGAUAUAAUCCCGGAGGGUGAAAAGAGAAUUCUAAUCAUCCCAAACACCCCGCUUUCUGAUAAGCCUUCAUCUUCAAUGUCAUCAAAGAAAUCAAUUCAUUCUUUGCCAGAUACCGAGGAUAAAGGUGUCAGCCAGAAGCCCAUGGAGGCGAACCGUUUGGAUGAUCAUUCUGAAUUACCUAUAUUUGAAGGCCAACAACAUAUAAAACGCUCAUUCUCAGUCCCUGCAAAUGUUAAAAGUAGAAGCUUAAGGAGGACAGAUUCUAUUCGAAGCUUGAUCCGCGUAAUAUCCUCGUCUGCUAAGUUGAACACUGAUAGUGAGGCACCACCAGCUAAACUACAAGAAACAGAAAAUGGAGGCACUGAUGAUACCGGAGAAGAUAUUCCAGAGGAAGAAGCAAUUUGCAGAAUUUGUUUCGAUGAACUCGGGGAAGGAGGUGAAACAUUUAAAAUGGAGUGCAGCUGCAAAGGAGCUCUUGCACUUGCUCACAAAAAUUGUAUAUUGAAGUGGUUCAGUAUUAAGGGUAACAAGACUUGUGAUGUUUGCAAGGUGGAAGUUCGAAAUCUCCCCGUCACAUUGCUGAGGAUACAGAGUACACCAACUAAUGUAAGACGGCCAGCAGAUGGAUCACCGCAACAGCAGGAUGUCUAUAGCUACAGGGUCUGGAAGGAUGUACCUAUUCUUUUUUUGAUCAGCAUGCUAGCAUACUUUUGCUUUUUGGAGCAACUUCUGGUAUCUGACAUGGGAGCAGCUCGCGCUCUUGUCUUAUCUUUACCCUUAGCUUCUGGUUUAGCUCUUCUUUCAUCUAUGAUAGCUUCUACAAUGGUGAGCAAGAGUUACAUAUGGGCUUAUGCUUCAUUCCAGUUUGCUAUGGUUUUACUAUUUGCUCACAUAUUCUAUACAGUGCUUAACGUUAGUGCAAUUCUAUCGAUUCUGCUAUCCUCCUUCACCGGGUUCGGAAUUGCAUUCAGUACAAAUUCAGUUGUGGUUGAGUAUUUGAGGUGGCGAUCCAAUAGACGCAUGCAACCUUCCACUCACAACACCUCCUCUAUUGCUUUAUACUCAUGAUUAUAUACAAUUCUUUUUCCUGUAAACUCCAUCAAUUGAAGCAACAAAAACCAUCAUUCAUUCUACUCUUGCUCUUUAUGCUUCAUUUUGGUUUUAUUGCUAUCAAAUUCCAAUUAUAUGUCUCAGCUAAUUUUCUACUAUGCAUCUCAACUUAUUUACAAUUUCAAUUUUUUUUAGAGCAAAUUGUUAAGGAUCCUGUUAAUUGCAAUCCACGAUUUUCAAAAGUGUUA